GCCAAAUGUCUAGGGUAUCAGCCCCGAGCUCACCUGGCGCUUUCAAAGUGUAUUUCACGAGAAUGCGACUAUAGAACCCACGAGCCUGGGGUGGUGAUAGGUGGGCACUGUUAUCGUUUUAGCUAGUCGUCAGAUUGUCGCUGUUCGCCCGAUUCAAAAGCAUCCAGGUGGAGAGAAAAAUAUCCUCCCCGUUCCUGGACAACUCAAUACGAGCACUACGUUCCGAACUUCCUCCUAGCACUGAUUUGACAUUCCCCCAUUGCGGUCCAAGUGAUGGUAUACUUUGGACCUCUAGUGAAAUGCCAAUUCCACCGAUUCCCAUCGAACCCCCCCCCCCAACCGAUUCUUCCGGAGCGAAGUGCUCCAGCUCGAUCUGGCCCUCAACAGCUUGGGGAAGUGUCGAUGCAAGUGUCCCGCCUUCCCCUUUACACCGCACUUCCCAUCUCAUCAAUCGCACCCAUAUAUGGCCCUCGGAUCCUCAAACUUCUUGAGGAGCUCUCUCGAGUUGAUGCUACUCGCAACCUCGCUGGCCGAGUGACUCAGCGGUGGACUCUCAUGGGUUAUGCAAGAGUUUAUCAAGGGAACUUGGGAUGCAUGCCGUCUGUAUCAAGGUCCUGGGGGGAUCAUGUAUUUCAUCUGGCUAGGACGUCAUCACCAAGUUUUGUAGGAUUUGUAUAAGCAUUGAUCUGCUGCGAAUCAUCGCUGAUGUGUGCUGUGGGGAAUGCUGCGCGAGGUGAAAAUUUGGGCAUC